AUGAGUGACGAAGAAGAUUAUGAGGAAGAGGAAGAAGAUGAGGAAGAGGAGGAAGAAGAGGAAGAAGAAGAAGAAGAGAAACCUUAGGAACCAACUGUUUAAUCGUUGGCAAGGGAUAUUCAUGGAGUAUGCUUUUAAGCAAAAAGUAUUAUGAAUAGAAUGCAUGUAAAUACUGAUCCACCAUAACAAUAUUAUUAGUAAGAUUAUAUUAUGAAUCAGACCACCUCCUUAUUGGAAUUAUUCAAAUCAAUAUUAUGA